AUGUCUCUAGCGAUCUCUGAGAAGUUCCAGCACAUCUUGCCAGUACUCAACACCAACAUCGAUGGGCAGCAGAAAAUAGCUUUCGCCAUUACUGCCUUUAAGGGUGUGGGGCGGAGAUAUGCUCAUGUGGUGUUGAGGAAAGCAGACAUUGACCUCACCAAGAGGGCUGGAGAACCCACGGAGGAUGAGGCGGAGCGUGUGAUCACCAUUAUGCAGAACCCACUACAGUACAAGACCCCAGACUGGUUCUUGAGCAGACAGAAGGAUGUGAAGGGUGGGAAGUACAGCCAGGUUCUGGCCAAUGGUCUAGACAACAAGCUGUGUGAGGACCUGGAGCUGCUGAAGGAAAUUCGAGCCCAUAGGGGGCUGUGCCUCUUCUGGGACCUUUGUGUCCGCGGUUAG